GCAGCCACGUCUCUCCGGGUCAGGUGCACACAGACAGCCAUGCACGAAGCGGGCGCUCGGCACAGGGCUGCGGUCUGACAGAACAUCCCCGGGUUUCAGUGUGGAGCAUGGCCGGGAGGGCUGCAGGCCGAGCCGGCGACUCCCCGUCCCGUCCCCCGGUGCAGCAGCGGACAGCGGCCGCUAGCUAGCGUCGGUGCGGAGCUUCCUCUUCUGGAGCAGCUGCUGCCUUUGUUUAUGUUUACCCCUCCUCUGGAUGAAAAGUCUUUAGCUGCUGCCUUAUUCCUCCUCAGUCCACACCAGAGUGAGUCCAGUGUGUAACCAUUCCGGAUCCAUCAGAACGAUGAACUAAACCUCCCAGACUGUCCUCAUCUCCUCAUCUCCCCUCUCACAACCUGCUUAUCGUCUCCCCCGGGUCGGGACCCCCCCCCCUCCCCGGCUGCAGGCCAGGCGUGAUGCCGGGCAGCAAGCAGGCCGCCGGCCACCCACUGUGGCGCCUCCUGUCUCCGUUCCGCACCCGGCAGGAGCGGGUGGUGCUGGCCCGCAGCGAGAGCCUGCCGGGGGAGCAGGUGCUGAAGAUCACCGUCACGGAGACCACGGUGAUCGAGGCGGAGUCCGGCGUGUGGAACUGGCGCUCCAUGUCCUACCUGGGCCUGUGGUACUUCUUCAGCUUCUGCACCCUGUUCCUAAACAAGUACAUCCUGUCGCUGCUGGAGGGCGAGCCCAGCAUGCUGGGUGCGGUUCAGAUGCUCUCCACCACCGUCAUCGGCUGUGUGAAGAUGUUCGUGCCCUGCUGCCUCUACCAGCACAAGUCCAGAAGCGAGUAUCCGCCCAACUUCAUCAUGAUCAUGCUGUUUGUGGGCCUCAUGAGGUUCACCACCGUGGUUCUGGGCUUAGUGAGUCUGAAAAAUGUGGCCGUGUCCUUCGCCGAGACGGUGAAGAGCUCGGCGCCAAUUUUCACUGUCAUCAUGUCCAGACUGAUCCUCGGAGAGUACACCGGGCUGUGGGUGAAUCUGUCCCUGUUCCCGGUCAUGGCCGGCCUGGCCCUCUGCACAGCCACCGAGAUCAGCUUCAACAUGCUCGGCUUCUCCGCCGCGCUCUCCACCAACAUCAUGGACUGCUUGCAGAACGUUUUCUCCAAAAAGCUUCUGAGUGGAGACACGUACAGAUUCAGCCCUCCAGAGCUGCAGUUCUAUACAAGUGCAGCAGCGAUCAUUAUGCUCAUACCUGCCUGGGUCUUCCUCUUGGAUUUUCCGGUUACAGGGAAGAGCGGCCAGAGCUUCAUCUUCAGCCAAGACAUCAUGCUGCUGCUGCUCUUCGACGGCGCCCUCUUCCACCUGCAGAGCGUCACUGCCUACGCUCUGAUGGGACGGAUCUCUCCUGUUACAUUCAGUGUGGCCAGCACGGUGAAGCACGCCCUGUCCGUGUGGCUGAGCGUCAUCGUCUUCAGUAACCAGAUCACCAUCCUCAGCGCCACCGGCACCUUCCUGGUCUUCAUCGGCGUCUUCCUCUACAACAAGGCCCGGCAGAUCCAGAGGGAAACCCUACAGGCCAUGGCGGCCGAGCAGAACCACAAGCCGCUGCUGCAGGAGCAGGACUUCCAGUCCGCUCAGCCAAACUGAUGGCAGGAGGACGACCUCUUAUGACGGUUCAGGAUCGGCACACUGUGGCUGGAGGGGUUCUACUGAGCGCCGCCCUCUUUUCUUAACGUAAACUGUGGUUACAGUUAGGGGCAGUCUGUAAUAAUCCUGUGGAAUAGGAACAAUAGUCUUUUUGUUUAGGUUUCCGUGGUGUGUUGACUCCAACCGUCACUCAUCCUGUUUUGUUACAUUGUUUAUUUUUAAAAGAAGAAGCUCAGGGCGUCUCUCAGCUUUCAUUCCAGAGUGAACUGGUUUGUAUCUCGACUGUGGUAAAGCAGCUGCUAAUUGAUAUCCGUCACUUUUAGAUUUUUUUUUUUUAGAUUGCAUUGGUAGGAGAUGAAUCGAGACGCUGCUCGCAGCCGAACGUGUGAAGAAGGUACCGAUGCCUUUUCAGAGACUCAUCCUGCCAAAGCUUCGACUGGCUGUUUGACACAUGAACACGGUGUGAAACAUUCAAAAGCCACAUACUGCAUUCUGGGAAUGCUCAUCCUCUAUUAGUUAUUUUUAUAGUUAUUUUUGUCCUUCAUGUUUUGUUUGGAAAGUGAAAAGCCACAGAUUGAACAGAGCAGCCUGAAUGUUUCUUGCAGGAGAAGAUUCAUUACGAUGUGGCUAAAUGCUCCAUGAUUCGCUAUAAAACACAAUUUUGAAAUAAAGUUUGAGCUUUUGGCGUCAGGCCACUUUAUCUAAAGGUAAUCUGACUUUUUUGACUAGCCAAGUUUUAAAGUUCUAACAACACUGUAGGGUACAGCUAAGCCUGCUUGGUGAAUUCUGCAACAUUUAGUUUUUACAGCUUUCAUAUAAAACAAACUGCAUGGCAAAUUAAAACCUGCGCUGUAAUAACCCCUGUAACAGAUUCAUAGUCGUCCUGCUGCUGCAACGUCUGCUUUCCGUUCAUCUUCUUGUCGUCUGGGUCUCGUUUCUGAGCAGAAAGUGGAACUUCCUCUGCCUUCAGUCACAUCAGCGUCGCGUUGCCAAAACCAGCCGCCUGGUGCCAAUAAGCCUGUUCGCUUCGACAUGUUUGUCUUAAUCACUGUCUGUCUCAAGCCUUCAAUGAACUCUUGACUUUCUGUGCAGAUUUUUGUGCCUCAACAAGCAUAAAGUGUCUUUUCUUACAUGUUUUCUAUGACAUUUCCAUCCCAAGUGGUUCUUCCUUUGUGUUUGAGGAUUUAUUUCUCAGCUAUAUGAAGCUAAAUAUGUGUGGGUUAUGAUUUAUAACCUCUGAUAAAGGAGUUUAUCUUUUUAUGCUAAUCAUCUGUGUUACGUUUUGGAAAAGCAGCUUCAGUAGACGACUUGAAACAAGCAGAUGUCUUUUUUUAAGGGUCCAAGAAUGUGGAAGUAAUGAUGAACUGUGAGUUAAAAGUUGUAAAAUACUAAUGAGGAUGUCAAUGAUGUGUAGUGGACACUGUG